UUGUCAACUCGUUUCUCGCUUAAUUUUUAUAUUCAAUUCAAAGCAAUUUCCAUGUAAUUUGGUUUUGUUCUCGAAUCAUCCUUUGUGGUUCUUAUCGGCGCCUUGCACGUCUGGGCGCCCAAUGAAAUAGAAAAUUCGAUUUGCCGUCACAGAAAUUACUCAACGGGCGCAUGUGCCGAACAGGCAGAACAGAGUCCGGGCUUUGGUUAGACCUGAAACCAUCCUCAUUCGCUGGCUGGCCUUUAGGACGUGCACAUGGCGAGCGUUGAGCGGGAGUUGACGCAUUUUGCGGAGCAGUGCCGGAAGCAGCGGUUCAGUGAGGCGGAAAUGCGCAGCAUAUGCCAGCCCCUGGCCUGGCAUGUGCGCCUGGGGCAGCUGAGAUGGUGGACGCAGUGGCUCCUGCUGCCCGGACUGCUGGUUUAUUUGCUGUGGAGCUACUGCGACACGUGCGCCUGGACGGCCAGCGCCUUAGGGCGUCUGCUGCUCAUACAACUGCUGCCCUAUUGGAACUGGACGCCCUACUACAAUGCCAAGUGCCUGAUCGAGCGCGGCGCAGCGGAGCAGCGAUUGAAGCCAAAAAUCCUGGGCAAGCACGAGACGCUCUGGGAGAACUGUGCCCUGUGCGAGCAGCUGGAGCGCAUACCCAUUGCCUCGAAUGUCAGCUAUUCCCUGCUGGAGGCGCAAUAUCUGGAGCGCGGCCUGCCCGUCAUAGUUACCGAUUGCCAGCAGCACCUGGAGCUGGAUGAUCUGCUGCUGCAGCUGCUGGACGGACCGCCCGAGCUGCUCGCCAGCGAACCCUGUGAUGUGUCCAGCAAUUUGAUGCUGAGGCAGUUGUUUAAUCUGGAUGCUGCCUUGCAGAAGAUUCCCGCAACUGCCGCCUGGCAUCUGCAGUUUCGGAACUGUGAGUCCAGCGCCGUGAAAGCCUCACGCCUCUAUGCUGGCAAACCCUACUACUAUCCCUUGCAUUUGGAGCCCUACUACUCCAGCUGGCUGCUGAUGGCCCAUCAGCAGCAGCGGCCCCUAACCGAGAUCCAUGUGCGCGGCCUCAUCUUUGUGCAGCAGCUGAGCGGCCACUUCGAGUGGCGGCUGCGUCCGAAGCAGCCUUGCGACGAGGGCAUCUGCCCCAAUCUCAGCUUGCGUCUGACUGCCGGCGAGGGCUUGGUCUACGCCACAGAUCUGUGGCGCCUCAGCUACGGCCUGCAGCAGCCCAACGUGAGCCACAGCUCGAUAGCCACAGUCUUCGAGGUCAACUGGCAGUUGUAGGGGCUCAAAUAAUAUUCGAAAUAUGCUACAGAAUUAUAAAAAUCAAAUAUUAAAGCAAGCUGAA